AUGUUUUGGUUUGUUUCAAGAAUAGUUGUAUAUUUUCUUCUGGCAUAUCAAAGCGUCGCAGAUACGACAGAUGUAAUAGUUCCAGAAAUAGAUCUUUCAGAAUAUGGAAAAGCAGUGAUUACAGGGGAUUUUUCUGGUAUUAGUUUUUAUGCAUAUAAUAAGAGAGGGAAGUUACUUAGUGCUUCGAAUACAUACAAUAAUGAGCUUUUUAUUCAAGGAUCAAAUGGAAUCCUUACAUCACUUGGUAUAAUUAAUGGUAUUAUUAAUGUCAUGAUUACGAUAAAAAAUGGAAACGAUGUCUAUAUUGUUAUUGGGGGUGAAUUUUCUCGUAUAGGAGAUACAAAAACUAGUAAUAUUCUUCUUUAUAGUUUACAUAGAUCAACGUUUAUUACACUUAAGAAAGGAAUUCCAAAUGGAGUUGUGAAAUCUUUAUAUUAUGAUGAAAUAAAUAAACAUAUUUACGUUGGUGGAAAAUUCCAUUACAACAAUUCAUUAAAUGCUAUUGUCUGGGAUCUUCAUAAAAGUACUUGGAUAGAACUUCCCUUUCAAGGAUUCAAUGGUAUUGUUAAUUCAAUAUCCAGAGGCAGUAAUCAGAAUAUUUUAUUUGGCGGCGAUUUCGAAAAUACCAUCUCACACAUUGGAGAUACGCUUUCAGCCUUUUCUAAAUGCAAAAGACAGGUAUUAAAUCUUCAAACGGCAUGGAUUUCAUCUGAGCAUUCUAGUUCUAAUGAAAAGUAUUCUAACCCAAGGAAUAUUAUAUGUCCAGAUGUUUAUAAAGAUAAAUCUUCUUGGAUUUUAGCUGACGCAAAAAUUGGAAAAUGGAUUGCAAUCUUUCAAUAUGUUUUUAGACCCAAGAAAAUUCGUUUUAAAAAUUCAGAUGUAUCGAAUUAUGGAACAAAAACUUUUAGAUUAAUUUCUCUUCCAAUUAAUGGAAUCAUGAAUUUUAGCUAUAUUGAUCCUGUUACAAAAAAACAAGCAUUUUGUGAAGCAUCAUGUCCACUUCAGCAAGAUUUUUUAGAUUAUCAGGAAUUCGACUUUGUAAAUGUUAUUCCUAUGAUUGGAUUUAGAAUUGAAAUUAUGGAGUGGUACGGAAAGGGAGGUGGAUUGAAAGAAAUCGAAGUCUUGCUCAAUGAUAUUGAGACACACGCUCUAAAUAUGUUUAAUGAACCCUAUUGUGUUAGUAGGGAUUUACGCUCAAAUUCAUACGUUACAGGAGGCCCUUGGAAAAUGGUUAGAGCUAAUGGUGAGAGUUAUCUUUCUACAAACCUUUCUGGAUUAGCUCUGGAAAACUCAUCAGUUACAUUCGAGCCGCGAAUACAACAAGGUGGAUAUUAUUAUAUUCAAUUAUACACGCCAGGAUGUAUUCCGGAUAAUACAUGUUCAUUGCGUGGAAUGGUAAUAUUAGAAAUUUAUUAUCAAGAGAAUACAGAACCUAAAACAACUGUUGUUUAUCAGAAUCAAAAUUAUGGAAAAAUUGAUGUUAUAUAUGAAGGAUAUAUAUAUCCAAUAUCUCCUUCAUUUAAACCUCGUGUAGUUUUAACUCCUGUCAAAGGCCAGCAUAGAAACCUUAAUGUCGUUGCAUUACGUAUCAGAUUUGUUCCAAUAUCUUUUUUUAUUACACUCAAUGGUAUUUAUGAAUAUAAUCCUUCUAAAUAUUCUGCACAAACACCUGAUCAACGAACAGUGAACUCUUCUAUAGAUAUUCUUAGGUCUUUAUUGCCACAUGAUGCUGUUAUUUCAUCUAUUAUUCAUGAUUCAUCUCAAACUAUAAUAGCUGGACGGUUUUUUAGUAAAGGAGAUAUUGCUUUCUCUAAUAUAUUACAAAUAACUCAUCAUGUAAGUUCUUUAGCAUAUGGAGGAGUAAAUGGAGAAAUUUUUUCAAUGCUUUUAUAUAACAGAAUACUUUAUAUUGGCGGGAAAUUUGAUAAAGUUGUUGGUUCAUCUUCAAGCGCAAUUAACAAUGUUGUAUCAUAUUCUAUCAAUGACAAUUCUUGGAUAUCACUUUUAUGGGGUCUAAAUGGUGUUGUAUAUAACAUUUUUAAGUAUCGUGCUUCGAUAAAUGGUACUUAUAAAUUCUACAUAGCGUUUUCUGGUGAUUUUACACAAAUUUUAUCGUUUAAUAAUGAAAAAUUAUCUGACGUAAAUGGGUUUGCUUUAUGGGAUCCAGAUAACAAAAAAUGGAUUAUAGAUAUAGAUUUAUAUGUAGACGGACAAAUAACAAAUUCUAUAAUGGCUUUAGAUAGUGUAUCACUAACAUCAGGAAACAUUAGAGCAUUACACUCUUUAACAGCAUUUGGUGCAGUAUUUUUAGAUUCUUCAAAACACGUUCAUUCUCUUUACCCACUAUCUUUUUCAAAAUCAUUUAAAUCUUCUUUUAAUUCACUAUCUAAACGCAAUAUAAAUAAAUUUUCUAAAAUUAAAAAUUCAGUUUAUACAGGAAUAUUUUAUAAACUACUUUCUCAAUCUUUAAUAAUUCUUGGCGGUCAAUUCAUAACUAGAAAUUAUGAAAAUAAAUUAAUAAAAAACAUUGCUAUAGUAAACGAUUCAGAAGUAACAGGAAUUGAUAUAGACUUAGAUCCUUCUAGUAUUAUAUUAAGUAUUAUUGUGCAUAAAAAUAUUUUAUAUGCAGGGGGAUAUCUUUGGGGCAAAAUUAAUGGCGAUAACAUAAAUGGAAUAUUUAUGUAUGAUUUUAAAAAGAAAAAAUCUUAUCAAACGUUUCAACUUCCUGGAAAAGAUGUUCAAGUAAAUUCUCUUUCUAUGCGUCCAAAAUCGGAUCAACUCAUUGUUGCUGGUAAAUUCGAUAUGGCAGGGUUAUUACCAUGUAAUGGAUUUUGUAUAUUUGAAACUUCAUCCCAAAAAUGGAAAUCUCCUUCAGUAGGUUUUUCAGGACAAAUAACCUCUUUAGCAUGGUUUGAUGAGAAUUCUUUGUUAUUAAGUGGAAUUAUAAAUUUAAAUGGAACGUUGUUAAAUUUAGUAAAAUACCAUUUUGAUACUUCAACAUGGUCUACGGUUCUAUCUAAAGGUAUUUCUCUUCCUGGACCAGCAUUUUCGAUUUUGCUUGAUAAAAAUCAUCAAAAUUCUAUUUAUUUAACAGGAAAGAAAGAAGAUGGUCAUAUAUAUUUUAAUAAAUGGAAUGGAUCAACUCUUUUACAUCUAGAUUCUGAGUUAUUACUGGGUUCAAUAAUAACUCAUUUACGUGUUAUUCCAUUAAAACACAAACAUCGUCCAAAUAAUAUUAUUCCUGAAGACGUAAUGAUUUUGGCACUUGGUUCCCUAGUAUUUUCUUUUGGAAAUGUAACUGGAGCAUUUUAUGAUGGAAAUGAUUGGAUACCAUAUUUAAUAUCAUCUACUUCAACUGGCGAGCCUGGAAUGGCGAGUUCUUUGUUUUUUGAACAUGAAAUUUACCCAUCAUCUCGUAAAUAUCUUGCUAAGGGUUUUGUUGUUUUGAUAUCUCUCUCAAUUAGUUUAUUUAUUAUAUUUUUAAUGACAUUAUAUAGAGUAAUUAUUUCUAAGUAUCGAAAAAAAAAAGGAAUACUACAAACAUCAUAUUUUCCUAAAGAUAUAAAACUACAUGAAGCAUCACCAAUAGGUAUUCCUAAUGAGUCUAACGUAGGGAAUUUAUAA